CGCCCGCCCUGCAGCUCCCUCACUCCCGUCACUGACAAACUCACUCGGCAGCGGGAACCACCCUCCCUCCCUCACUCACUCGCUCCUCGCUCCUCGCACCUCACUCGCUGCUAAGAUGCCGAAAAAGAAGACCGGGGCCCGAAAGAAGGUUGAAAGCCGCAAAGUGCGCGAAAAGUUAACGCGGGCGGCCAAAGACAACGUGGACGUGGCCAAGCAGCCUUGCAACGCCUCCAUGGAAUGUGAUAAAUGCCAAAGACGGCAAAAGAACCGGGCUUUUUGUUACUUCUGUAGUUCGGUACAAAAGUUACCUAUGUGUGCACAGUGUGGUAAAACAAAAUGUAUGUUGAAAAGUUCAGAUUGCGUUGUUAGGCAUCCCGGUGUCUACAGUACAGGACUUGCCAUGGUGGGAGCAAUUUGUGACUUCUGUGAGGCCUGGGUGUGUCAUGGCAGGAAGUGCCUGAGCACACAUGCUUGUAUCUGCCCACUUACUGAUGUUGAAUGUAUUGAGUGUGAGAGAAGUGUAUGGGAUCAUGGAGGAAGGAUAUUCCGGUGUUCCUUCUGUAACAACUUCCUCUGUGAAGAUGAUCAAUUUGAGCAUCAAGCCAGUUGCCAAAUUCUGGAUUCUGAAACUUAUAAGUGCGUCUCUUGUAAUCGUCUAGGACAACAUACUUGUCUACGUUGUAAGGCCUGUUACUGCAGUGAUCAUGUUCGCAGCAAGGUCUUCAAACAAGAAAAGGGGAAAGUGCCACCUUGUCCUAAAUGUGGUCAUGAAACACAGGAAACAAAGGAUUUAAGCAUGUCCACUCGUUCAAUGAAGUUUGGCAGACAGAGUGGUCUGGAUGAUGGUGGUGAAUCGGGCUAUGAUGCCUACUGGAAAAAUUUGGCAUCUGGUGGAGGUGAAACAACAGUUUAUGAAGAUGAAGAAUAUGGUGAAGAUGAUGAGGAAUAUGAUGAAGAGGAGGAUGAAGAGAAUGAGAAAACAGAAAAAGAUGAUGACAAUAAAGCCUUUAAGGAUACAUUUGCUGGUCUAAAUCUGGGGAGAACCUAUGCAAGUGGCUAUGCACACUAUGAAGAAUCAUAAAAUUAUAUAUGAACAUUCAUUGAUGGUUGUUUACAUUUAUAUUUAACAAUUUAAAUUGAAGUGAACAUUAAAAUAAGAUGGAUUGUAAGUUUUUUUUUGUUGGAGUGAAAAUAUGUUGGCUGGUUUAAAGCUACACAUCAAUGAAAUAUUUUUCAAGCCGUUUAAAUAAAUGUUAUAUGGUAAUUUACAUGCCUAAAAAAUACUUACCUUUAAUUUCCCAGACAUUUGGCAUUAAUCUUUAUAAAUUUUAGUUUGUGCUUUAUUUAAACAUUUCAAUGAGCUCCUACGCUGUUCUUUGCUUAUUUUAAUUUUGUUUCUCAGAAUAUGACUGCCGAUAGCAAGGCCAGCAUUUAUUGUCUGUUGCUAGAUGCACAGAAGAGACAGUUGAAGAAAGUGGUUCAUCACUACCGUUGUAAGGAUAAUUGAAUAGAUAAUAAACAUUUCUCUUGUCAGUGGUGCCUGUAUGAAUAAUAAAGCAAAAUACGGCUCUGA